ACUAUGACAGCAAUCCUGCCGACUCGCCCUGCAGUUGCGUAUUCAGUCAGAGUGCUGAAGGCGAGAAUUUGAGCUGCGAGGGCGAACGGGAACGGGUGCGUGCGCGCGCUCCCUCCCCUCCCCCCCACCGUGGCCAUGAUAGUGUUCGUCAGGUUCAACUCCAGCCAUGGUUUCCCAGUGGAGGUUGAUUCAGACACCAGCAUCUGCCAGCUCAAGGAGGUGGUUGCUAAGCGACAGGGAGUUCCAGCUGACCAGUUACGUGUGAUUUUUGCAGGGAAGGAGCUUAGGAAUGACUUGACACUGCAGAACUGUGACCUGGCCCAGCAGAGUAUAGUUCAUAUUGUUCAGAGUCCCCUAGACAGUGGUCAGAAAAGGACUGACGUUGAAACUGCCAACGCUGGAGGUAUUCUAGGAGGCAUGGAAAAAGAGCCUGAAAGUCUAACCCGUGUAGACCUUAGUACCAGCGUCCUCCCAUCUUAUUCUGCAGGGCUGGCUGUUAUUCUGGAUACUACAGACAACAGCAUUUCCCUUCCAUCUGCUAAAUCAGGUGCAGCUAGUUACAACAGUUUUUAUGUUUUCUGCAAAAGUUUCUGCCAAACUGUGAAGCCUGGGAAAUUGCGGGUCCGUUGCAGUAUGUGUAAAGAAGGGACGCUGACUCUGACAAGGGGUCCAUCUUGCUGGGAGGAUGUGCUGAUUCCAAACAGAAUAGCUGGCACUUGCCAAUCCCAAAACUGCCGUGGUGAUAUAGCGGAGUUUUAUUUUAAAUGUGGAGCACACCCAACUUCUGACAAUGAAACAUCUGUGGCUUUGAACCUCAUUACAACAAACAGCCGGCAUAUCACAUGUAUAACGUGCACAGAUAUUAGAAGUCCUGUGCUGGUGUUCCAGUGCUUCCAUCGCCACGUCAUUUGCCUAGACUGCUUCCAUUUAUACUGUGUGACCAUGCUGAAUGAUCGCAGAUUCAUCCAUGAUCCUGUGCUUGGCUACUCUCUCCCAUGUGUUGCCUCUAAGGACCGCAGAAGCUACUUCAGAUUCUCUGGGUUCUGCUCUUGCCUCCACUCCCAGCAGCCACGGAGUUCUGCAUGGCUGAGCCACCUGAUUGCUGGCUGUCCAGACUCCUUGAUUAAAGAGCUUCAUCACUUCCGAAUUCUGGGAAAAGAACAGUACGACCGCUACCAGCGCUACGGUGCAGAAGAGUGUGUGCUGCAGAUGGGCGGAGUGCUGUGUCCUACUCCCGGAUGUGGUGCUGGCCUGCUUCCUGAACCAGAAGUGAGAAAAAUCGUAUGUGAGCCAAGCAAUGGACUGGGCUGUGGGUUCGUGUUCUGCCGUGAAUGUAAAGAAGAAUACCACGAUGGGGAAUGCAGCACUCUCCUCAGUUCGCAGGAAGCCAUAGCCCAGAAGGGAUAUAAGACUGAUGCGCAUUCAGCCAUGCAAGCACGGUGGGAGGAGGCAUCCAGGGAAACAAUCAAGAAAACAACCAAACCAUGUCCUAGUUGCCAUGUACCAAUAGAAAAAAAUGGUGGAUGCAUGCACAUGAAAUGUCCUCGAGCUCAGUGCAGAUUUGAGUGGUGCUGGAACUGUGGUUUAGAGUGGAACAGGACCUGCAUGGGAGACCACUGGUUUGACUAAUAGUUCAGUAGUGCUAAGAACAGCCAACCACUUGAUUGUUGUCUGGGUCAAAUCCUGAACUCUUUGCUUAAGCUUAACUCCCAUUGGCUUCUGGAUCAAGGAGUUCAGAAUCAGGCCUACUAUUUGUUUGUUUAUUUCCUUGUAUAUCAGAGCACACCAAAAAUUAAGUUCAGGUAAUCUUAAGAGUGUUAAACCCACAAAGGCAGGAGAAAUUCAGAUGGCCAGACUCACUAGUGCUGGCACAGGAGGGGUAAAUUAUAUCUCCCUGCACCAGGGCAUCCUACUGGUAUAUAAGGCAGGCAACGUCACCACCAGCAACUCUCCUUGGGUUUCAGUUCUUUUAGUUAUGAUCAGGGCUCCAUAAAUCUCUCUGGCAAAAGCAGCAAUGUGGGUAUGCACUGAAUCAGAGCUGCCCUUUCUCAGUUAGCACAAUCAAAUUUGGGGGAAAUUGUGGCUCUUUACACCUCCCCUAGUGGAAGGGAGGCUGUAGCAAUUUUCUGCCUUUGCAGUCUUCUUCCCUGACAGAUUAUCAGCUAGGGCCCUGACUCUGACCCCGAAUCUUAGUAAAAACUGCAGACUGAGACAUCCUAGUUGUGCCUGUAUAUUUGAAACAUAUGUUAUGAAAUAUCACUCAAUAUAUUCCUUACAGAUUCAUAUCAUAUGCAGCUAUUACAGGAUUAGUGAAAGAUGCAGUUUCAGCCUUAACGCUGAAUGUUUUUGCUGUGGUGGCUGCAAAUCGGAGUAACGGUGUUAUAUGAGUGAGAUUCCUGAGAUUUUGUUUCUUUUGUUUUGCCUACCGCAAUAUUUUUGGCAUGAUAUUGGGGCAGCUUCUUGGGGCUUAUUAUCAUGAUGGUGGUUCUCUGGAGAUUUAUUAGGAUUUGGGUGUAAUUAUGAAAAAGUGUUCCCUGCAUAAACUAUCAAGGCACCUGCAUUCAUUUUGGUGAGUGCAUGUUAAUAGGAGUGCACCAGGUAUUUGCCACACCUCAAAAUCUGAACAUCCUUGUUAGCUCACCUGCUUUAAACUGUUUUGGUUUGUUUUUAUUAAACACCAAAAGGCCGGUCACAGACUAUGUAAAGAUUUGCACAACUCACUUAAAUUACAGAAGAAGAAUAAAGCUGUUGAAAUGA